GCAGGGUAGAUCUAAAUCACAUUCACUAGUGACUUUAUUUAAACCACCUACUUCACUCUCUCAUUUCAUCAUUCAUUCACAUUCAACAUCUCUUCUCUCGCCUCUCUCUGUUUUUUCGCAUCCAUAAUCAGUAAUGGCUUUGGAAGGUGUUCUUCUCGGUAUGGGUAAUCCCCUUCUCGACAUCUCUGCUGUCGUCGAUGAAGAUUUCUUGAAAAAGUUUGAUAUCCAGUUGAACAAUGCCAUUCUCGCUGAAGAUAAGCACAAAUCUAUGUAUGAUGAAAUGGCUGCUAAAUAUAAUGUGGAGUACAUUGCUGGAGGAGCUACUCAGAAUUCAAUCAGGGUUGCUCAGUGGAUGCUUCAAGUUCCCGGGGCCACUAGUUACAUUGGUUGCAUCGGAAAGGACAAGUUUGGUGAGGAGAUGACCAAGAACUCUAAACAAGCUGGUGUUAAUGUUCACUAUUAUGAAGAUGAGAAUACACCUACAGGAACUUGUGCUGUUUGUGUGGUUGGUGGUGAAAGGUCACUUAUUGCCAACUUAUCAGCUGCAAAUUGCUACAAGGUCGACCAUUUGAAGCAACCCGAAAAUUGGGCAUUAGUUGAGAAGGCCAAAUAUUUCUAUAUUGCUGGCUUUUUCCUUACUGUAUCCCCUGAAUCCAUUCAAUUAGUUGCCGAGCAUGCAGCAGCAAAUAACAAGGUCUUCAUGAUGAACCUUUCUGCACCAUUUAUCUGCGAGUUCUUCAAGGAUCCACAGGAGAAAGCUCUGCCGUAUAUGGACUAUGUUUUUGGAAAUGAGACUGAAGCAAGAACAUUUUCCAAAGUUCAUGGCUGGGAGACUGAAAAUGUCGAGGAGAUAGCUUUAAAGAUAUCCCAGUUGCCAAAGGCAUCAGAGGCACGCAAAAGGAUUACUGUUAUCACACAGGGUGCUGAUCCCGUAUGUGUUGCUCAAGAUGGGAAAGUGACAUUGUACCCUGUUAUACUAUUACCUAAAGAGAAAUUAGUUGAUACCAAUGGAGCAGGAGAUGCCUUUGUUGGAGGAUUUCUUUCACAAUUGGUUCAGGAGAAGCCUAUUGAAGAAUGUGUUAGAGCUGGGUGUUAUGCAGCAAAUGUUAUCAUCCAAAGGUCUGGCUGCACUUACCCAGAGAAGCCUGAUUUUCAUUAAGUGAUUCUCCCGAUUUGAUUACUAUUAUGAAAUUUUGAUUAUUGAGAACGAUUUUAGUCGCAUUUCAAUAGUUGCACUCUAACUGGUUUGGGAUUUUUUUUUAAAUCCCUGACUAGGGAGAAGGAGUGAGAAAGUUGCUGAGGGAGACAAAAUUCAAAUAAGUUUAUGUAUUUGAAGUCCUAUUAUCUGGGCAUCAUAUCUUAUUUUUGCUGUUUGUUAUCACAUGUCUUUUUCCUAUUUUGGUUAAAUGUAGCUAAUGUUGCUAUGAAAA